GUUUUUGACUCCUUUUUGCAGCAAAAAGCACAUCACAACAUUGUUCAGUGGUCGUACUUUACUAACAUCAUACAAAAAGACAAUACAUUGUAUAUAGCUUAUUAAAAUGAGUUCUUCAUCAUCGGCACGUAUCUUGAUAAAUCAAUUGAAGAAGAUGCAGAAGGAACCUGUUGAAGGCUUCACUGUUGAAUUGAUUGAUGAAUCGGAUGUUUACAAGUGGAGAUUCUUUAUUAAAGGACCAUCAGAUACUCCUUUUGAGAAUGGUAUUUAUGUUGGAACCAUUGAUUUCCCUGAAGAUUAUCCAUUCUCUCCACCAGUUCUUACCUUCGUAAGCGAAUUCUGGCAUCCAAAUGUUUACACAGACGGAAAAGUUUGUAUUAGUAUUUUACACCCUCCUGGAGAAGAUGAAAUGUCUGGAGAAAGACCUGAGGAAAGGUGGAAUCCAACCCAAACACCAGAAACUAUUCUUCUUUCUGUUAUUUCAAUGUUAUCUGAUCCUAAUUUUUCAUCUCCUGCUAACGUUGAUGCUUCAGUUGAGUGGAGAAAUAACAAGAAGGGAUUUUUGGAUAGAUGUAAAAAGCUUGCUGAAAAGGCCAACAACUCACUUCCACUUGGAUUCGCUAUGCCAGAGCCUUUCAGAUACAAGCCAGAACCACAAACUCCACAAAAUCUUGAUGAUGAGGACUUUGAAUUUGAAAUUGAUGAGGACGAAGUAAUGGAUGACGAUGAUGAUGAUGAUUUGGAAGGGUUGACUGAGGAGGAGCUUGCCCAAUUGGAAGAAGAUGAUUAAACCCUGUACAUAUUCAUGUGAAAUAAAUUUAAUGCCUUAAUUUUUC